UACCAAAAUAGACAAAAUGGCGACCUAUGAAUGGUUUCCAAGGCCUAGAAACUAUGAUAUUGAAAGAAACAGAGAACGACUUGAUGGUGAAGAACCUUCUUCUCAUCCAUUGAAAGCAAUAACUGUUGUAGAUGUCAAAAAGACAGACAAGAAAGGCACAACACAAUCAAAAACUGAAAAGAAACCAGUUUCCAGUUCAGUAAUAAAGGAUCCCCUGAGUUCCAUGUUAGACCCUCUUAGUGCCUCAUUAGAAGGAUCAGAUCCCUUAUCACAGAUGUCAUUAUCAUCAUCCUCAUUGCCUACUACAGGAAGAAAAUCUAGUUUUAAGGAAUCAGCAGAAACAGAUGGUUUAGAUGAAACAUUUGAACCAUGGAGUGUAAAGAAAUCGUCGAUACUUACAAAAUAUUCUACAUCUGAAAAAUUAUCAAUAACCACAAGCUUCCUAUCAUCCUCAGAUAAAGAAAAAGUUGCAAUGAGACCACAAACUACCACAACUGUUACCGACAAGGUUAGAAACAGACUGGAGCAACUUGAUGAUUUUGAAGAGGGCUCAGUUCAAGAAAUGUUGAAUUUAAGUCAGCAGGAUUAUGUCAACAGAAUAGAUGAACUGAAUCAAGCAUUGAUUGAUGCUUGGCAACAUGACCAAAGAGUUAAAGCUCUCAAGAUUGCAAUACAGUGCUCUAAAUUGUUAGCAGAUAUAUCAGUUUUACCAUUUUAUCCCAGCAAGUUUGUCCUGAUUACAGACAUCCUUGAUACAUUUGGAAGACUUGUAUAUGACAGACUAAAAGAGAAAGCAGUCUACAUACCUGCUGGUAGUGGAGUUCCUCUUAAACUUCCAGAUAAUUUUACUCCUGACCAAGUGCCUGAGUCUGCCAAGGAGACCUGUAGAAACUGGUUCUUUAAGAUAGCUUCCAUUAGAGAAUUAAUUCCCAGAUUUUAUGUGGAAACAGCCAUAUUAAAAUGUUACAGUUACCUAAAUAAUCAGGAAUAUACAGAUGCCAUAAACAGAUUAUGUGUUAUGACCAGAGGUAUAGGCGAUCCACUGGUAGCUAUUUAUGCCAAGUGUUACCUCUGUAGGGUUGGCAUAUUGAUAGCACCUAAAACUAGAGACCAUAUACUACCAUGCUAUGAAGAUUUCCUGUGCACAUACUCACAGGUGCAAAAGGAUGCUGUUCAAAAUACCUUAGCCAUGCAGAAAAUAGAAAUGCCAAGAUAUCUAACAUUGUUUUCGCCUGCCUUGGACUGGCUGUUACAGUGUAUAGCCAAUAAAUCUACAGAAAAAACGCUAAUGGAUAUCCUUGAGAAAUCAAGGAAACAAUGCAAUAAUGCUUUACUUCUGAAUUCUAUCAUAUCAGCAUUUAAACCAGAAUACAUAGCUUCCAGAUCCACACAGUUUAUAGAAUUAAUCAGAGAAUCUGAGGAAGCAGGAUUUCCUAAGCAUUUACUAGAUAGGACUCUGGGUCUAUGUUUAGUGAUGGCAUCACCACCAGAAGAACAAAGAUUACCUGUAUUAAAUGAAGUCUGGAAAAGUAUUAUCAAACUGAAAAAUCCAAGUGAUUACAUAGACUGUGCAGAGGUGUGGACUGAAUAUGUCGUCAAACAUUUUGGUAAAAGGGAGAUAAAUACAAUUUUGGCGGACAUUAUAAAGCACAUGACACCAGACAGGGUAUAUGAAGACUAUUAUCCACAGUUACAGUCUGUUGUUACUAAGAUAAUGUGUCAUAUUACCAAUUUCUCUAUGUUAUUUUCUUUGGACAAAUUUUUACCAUUCAUAGAUAUGUUCCAGAAGGAAUCAGUCCGAGUGGAUGUUUGUAAAACCAUUAUGGAAUCUUUUAAUAAAACACAACUAGAACCUACCAAUGAUCCAGUGAUAGUUAAUGCCCUGAUGUUUAUAUGUAAAACUAUGCAUGAUUCUGUUAAUGCUUUAACUCUAGAGGAUGAAAGGAAAAUGAUCAGUAACUUAAUUUCUGGCUUCGUUAGGAAAAUAUCUUUUGGUCGUGACUUUGAACAACAAUUGAGUUUCUAUGUAGAAGCUAGAGCUAAUUUCACUAAUCUAGAUAUGGUUCUGAUAGAGCUGGUGCAGAAUGUAAAUAAUUUGUCAAUAGAUACACGAAAAGUUGUGAAAGGCAACCAUUCCAGAAAAACAGGCAAUUUUGUUCGGGCAUGUGCAGCUUAUUGCUUUAUUACAGUUCCAUCGUUACAGUCACAGACAUCACAAUUACAGUUGUAUCUCCUGUCAGGACAGGUGGCGUUGCUUAAUCAAUGUUUUAGUCAAGCUGAUUCUUUCUUUAAAGCAGCCAUAUCAUUAAUACCAGAUGUACCUAAAGAUUUAACCCAAGAUGGAAAGAAAAGACAAUCAGAGCCUGUUUUACAGGAGUAUAUAUGUAAUUUCCUAUCCACUUUACUUACUGUACCUGACAACCCAGAUUCUGGAGUACUAUAUUUGUUGAGAGGUUUAUUAAACAUUCUACAGAACUACACCAGUGACAGUGAUUUUAAAUCCAAUAUUUAUGUCCGUGUAUUGGCGGUGUUGUCAGCAGUGUGUCAGGAGAGUUAUCCCUAUCAUGUAGAUAAAGUGGAUUCUAAUGACUCAAUGUAUGGAUCAGAUCCUAAGUUUACAGCUGAUGUUCGGGGAAUCUGUAGUACACUGCUGGAGGAAGUACUCAAUCAUCUGAAAUCAUUGCACACAGCAGAGACAUUAAGAAGACAAAGUCAGCUUGCUUUAGAACUGUUUAAUACAAUUGUACAUCAUGGUGAUGUGACAAAGCCAUCAAUGUUUGCAUUGGCUCUCAACUUAUGGAACUUGGCUCAGAAACAUGGGGAGUGUGAUACUAAACAAACAGUAAGAUCAUUAGAUGCAGUCAAGAAAAAAGCAGCUGUGUUGAAUAUCAAAGAAUAUACAGACUUAGUUAAUAAAAUGGCUUUAGAGUCGAGGACAUAAAUAGUCAAACUGUCAACUGUGCGAAUUUUAUUUUAAAACAUGUGAUAUCUAUACCUUACUCAAAUUGUUUAUUAUUCAUAAAGAUAUUGAUUCAACAAAGUGCUAAAAAUUCUUGAUAGAAAACUUUUAAAGAAGAAAUGUCAAACUUUUAUAUGGAGUUAUAAUAUGAAACUAAUAAAUGAUGUGCAAUAAUGUUA